GAGAAAGAAAGAGAGGAGGAGGUGGUUGAAAGAGAGGAAGAGAGAGAAAUGGCGCCUGUUGGGUUACCUCCUGGUUUUCGAUUCCACCCCACAGAUGAAGAGCUGGUGAAUUACUAUCUCAAGCGCAAAAUACAUGGGCUCAAGAUAGAUCUAGACAUUAUCCCCGAGGUUGAUCUCUACAAGUGUGAACCAUGGGAGCUGGCAGAGAAAUCCUUCUUGCCAAGCAGAGAUCCAGAGUGGUACUUUUUCGGACCUCGGGAUCGGAAAUACCCAAAUGGUUUUAGAACGAACAGAGCAACACGAGCAGGAUACUGGAAAUCAACAGGGAAGGAUCGAAGGGUUUGUAUGCAGAGUCGGGCGAUAGGGAUGAAGAAGACAUUAGUUUAUUACAAGGGGAGAGCCCCACAAGGGGUUAGGACAGAUUGGGUCAUGCAUGAGUACCGCCUCGACGACAAGGAGUGCGAGGACACCUCAGGAAUUCAGGACACGUAUGCCCUAUGCCGGGUUUUCAAGAAGAAUGUAGCAUGCCCAGAUACAGAAGACCAAGGCCAAUUCACGAUGCCCUUGCCAGAAAGUCUACAAAUAUCUGCCUCAGAGUACGACACCGUGUCGCCCGAGAUGUUGCAUGGGUCAUCAUCAUCAACAUGCAUGGACGUGGAUGACAAGGAUGACGCAUGGAUGCAGUUCCUCAUGGAAGAUGCAUGGUGCUCCACACGUGCCAAUGAUGUGGAGUCAUCUUCAUGCAUGGCCCUCACUAACUGAGAGGUUUUUUCUAUUAAUUUUUUGUUUUUGUCGAAAACAAUAGAGCAUAAAUAAAUGGCUUUUUACACAUUUGGAAAUUGGGUGAAGAGAAAAACUUGAAAAUGUCUUUGGGGGUGGGGAGAAGGGGAAGUGUGAUUAUUUAAUGCAUAUAAUUUGGAUCAUUUGAGUUUGGGUCCUAUUUUGUGUA